AUACAUCACCAACCACUAACCUUUCUCCAAUCUCUCAACACUAUGCAUGGUAUUUUUCGUGAAAAGGCCCAGGCUCUCCAGUGCAUUGAGCACAACAAUAUAGCAAUCGCAGCAACGCGGAGACCAACAACCCGAAGCUACCUGAAGGUUAUGCAAGAUCAGGUAGAUGUGUGCACUAAAUUGAGUCAAUCAGAAAGACAUAUCAGUCUCUAGAAAAUCAAUUACAAUGGAGGAAACCGAUAGUACAUCUAAAGAAGCAGAGCACUUUACAGAUAAAGGUCAAGCAAUAACUAAACAAAUCAACAGGCUGAAAAAAGAGGAUGAUGAGGAGCAGUGGAUAUCGGGCGAAGAGUUGAACACAGAUGGCAGUAGUGACGAAGAAGGGAAAAAAGGAGUUAGAAGGAGAAAAAGAGAACACAAAGGUGCAAGGCCCAAAGAAAAACAGAGUUCCAAGGACCUGGAAUCUAUUCCAAAACCUCCCCUUGUGGUCCCUCCUCAGCUUGAUAGUGACGGAGAAGAGCCAAUUGACAUAUCCUGGAAACCUAAGCGCGGGAGCAUCAAACUGCCUCACAUGACAAAAGAUUUAAGCUUGAAUACUUCUAGCACUAGUGCUAGUGCUGAACCCAUCGCAGAAUAAUUUGAGUAAGAGAAACAAUUCCUUUAAGCCUCAAAGGCACGGUUUGAAAUGUUGCAUUUAUUAUGAUUGUUAACAUUGCUGGAAAGUAUAAAAAAAAUUCGCUAAAAGGGAGACAGAUUGAAAAAGCUCCCUUUGAUUUGUUUAAUAAGCCUUAACUUUGUUAUGUGACUGUAUUAUAUUUAUUUUAUAGUAAAAAUAUACAUAACUUUAUUGUAAUCAUAUUAGUUUUUAAACACUUGAGUAUUAUAUUUGUGAUAAUUUGUCUUAUUUAAGUUACUAGAACUUAGUUAUUGAUCAGAGAAAACUCUAUACAGUCUCUCUAAACAUUUUAUAUAAAAAUUCGACAUUGUUAGUUGUGCGUCCCUCAUAGUGUUGUGUUAUUGUUGUAAAAUUUGUGUCAUUUAGCCUAUCCAAAUAAUUAAAAAAUGAUCAAAUUUUAAUUUUAAUAUUAAUUCAGUAUUAUUUAAUGUAUUGCAUUUCCAUUUCAAAAAAAUUAUCAGCACAAUAAAAGUGUAUUCGGUUGAUCACAAAAAAUAGUAGCUUAAGCUUAAGGAAGUAUGGAAGGUGGUGUAGACAUUUCCAGGCAAUGCAUCUUCUAGGCGGGUUACACAUUGGUUGUGUACACACAUUGCGUCUAUGACUUGUUUUGCAUCUGAGACAUUUCACUCAUAAAACCAACCAGUAAAUUACCAAAUAAAAGCUUACAAACUCCAUUCAAAAGACAUUCAUGUUACCUUCAAUUCCAUAUGACUUGACAUGUGAGGUAAUACACAACACAGUGUCUAACAGUGUCUAACCUGCCUUAAGGCCCCUUUUUUACGGCGCUUCGGGCAUUGUACAUUGCAUUGAAUGAGAGUUUGUAAACACAAUGUUCGAUGACAGCUUGAUGUACAUACUCUAAAACACAACGCCAUAGCUUUCAUUCGCUGGGGGAUAGCCUUAAAAUUCAUUGAAGCCAUUUAUAAACAGCGUAGUUUGGUGCACUUUCUGGCGGGCAAGUGUCCACUCUGCUCAAUCAAUUGUAAUGUGGUACUGACUUUAAUGUCACUGCUAUUUAUUUCUUCAGGUUGAAAAAAUAAAGACCUUCAAGAAGCUGUUGUCUAUAACCAAGUAUGUUUUGCACCUUAACAUUUACCGUACUUCAUUAAAAGGUGCCACUUUCAUACGAAAGUAGUUGUGCAACUUUUCAUCAUGUUUCACAACUCGAAGUAUAGAAAGCUCUCCUCAAAGGCUGUACAGCAUUGAUAGAGUGAACUAACUACCUCCUCUUCUUCCUUUGUUUCCUUUACACUUAUACCAAAACACUGGUCUGACAGGCCCACGGGAAUUUUUAAAAACACAUGUUGGCAAAACUGUUUACUUGGGGGAUUCCAGUCCCUCAAUACCUCCCCUACCUGUUGAUAUAUUUUUUGUUCAUUUUGCGUGGGUGCCGUGACCUUGACAGGUUGUUCAUAACUUGCCCGUCUCAGAAGCCCAGCGUUAGUGUAUUUUAAAGCGGGAUCAAAACCCAUGGUUUUGGUUUGUGUGUUUCUAAGCGGGGUCCAUUAUUUUCAAAUGGGAGUUUCGGUUAGCGUCAGCCUGGAUAGGGUUUCGGUAUUAGUGUUAAAAAAAUAGGUAAAUAAUAAUUAAUCAGGUCCAUUUCAACAACUUUGUGAACAAUGUGUAUGUGAACUACUUGGCUAGUGGCUUAAUCUGCUACUUCCGCCCGAUGUCCGUCAAACGACCUGACAUCAUUUGGCACUGGAAAGGGGCGAUACAUUUUGGUGCGUUGCCCAACGGGCUGUAUAAAAAGCCAAAGAUUGCUAAAGACUACUUAAUAUCCUACCUGUAAUCUAAUAGGAAAAUCCUUAUAGUUUUUGUAACUAGAGGUUUACAAUCAAAUAAAAUAUAUGUAUGUUGGGUUGCCUGUUUUGUGCAUGAAGGUGUUGUGAAAAUCUAAAGCCCAGUCCUCCUAGGCGCGGGAGCGGAGCGCGAAGAGAGGAGUGCAGAGAGCGGACUCCUCUUGUCUUAGGUAAUUUAAUGUUACUGUUUUCCUAGAAGUGGAACAGAAUACCAUGUUAAUCGCCCUCCGCUCUCCGCACUCCUCUUCCGCGUCUAGGAAAACCCGGCUUAACUCUAACACACAGAUCAGAAUUAAAUAAUUAUAGUAGGUUUUUUAGGAAGUGCUAAAUGUGUUUUGAGAGGUGCCUUAGUGAUGGGGACAAAAUUUCAUCAUGUUGCUAUUGUAAAGUUGUUUCAACAAAGAAAACUUUGAUUCCUUCUUUUGAGUGCUGUCACAUUAAAUAUUUUGACAAAGAGCAAAUUAGAUCAUUUUAAGAUCGAACCAGCAGUCAGUGGUUUUGUUUGAAGGCGAGUUCAUUAACCAGUCAGUCAUUAAAAUUCUAAAUUGUUAUUCUUUAAAUAACGGAACAGUUGGUUUGGAUACGUUUUUAUGAAUACUCACAUGUCCAAUUAGUCUAUAAGAUUAGCAAUAAAGUAGGUAGUUUUUAUUUUGCCCAUGUAAACAUAGUAUAUCAGCUGGGUGCCCUAUAUUAUAUCAUUGUAAUCAUUUUCAGGGGCCUGUUUCAUAAAAACUACAAACUAAUAUUAGUAAAUCAGCUGAUCACCCAAUGAAAAAUUAAUAGAAAUUACAAGUUACAACUUGUAACUAAAUCACAGAGCAUAGAAUAAAUAUAAAGGCGGCACUUGCCAUCUGGAGUGAAGCAGGUUUUUCGCAACAAGAUGGGGGCCGCCCCGGUCUGCAUCUAUAUAUUUAAUAUGCUAGGCAUAUUUUUGUCAUAAUUGUUUUGGAGCGGUGGUGCUACUGAUCACCAUGUCCAAGGUAUCGUUAGAAAGGUCUUAGCAUGUAGUUUUGCCAUCAAACAAAAUAACUUUGGAAUUCCAUCGGCUCUGCCCCAGUGGCCUUCAAAGAUCCCAUGUUAUUCUGAGGGAGAAAAUGUUUGUUCACAUUCGAACAUAUGAAUACUUUGAAAUUGACACUAAUAUUUGAAACACCUGGUUAUACUAAAAUAUGAGACAUGUGCUAUAAGGAUUUAUUAUUAGUUGAAAAGAUUGAUGUUUCACUGUUUUAAACCAGUUUUUAUUUGCACAAAAUCAAAACAUAACAAAAAAAUGUUCGACAUAAUGGAGACUAUAAGACGUCGACCAGGAAGGCCAAUAGGAGGAGGCCGACGAACUUUAACGAAAUACAAAUAAUACUGUUGUUGUUAAUAGCCGAAUACAGCUAGCACCCUUCCAUGUUGGGUUUAAGUGUGCUCUCCAACAGCCACCUGAAGAUUUCACAUUCAAUUUAGGACUGCUGGAUAAUCGCUGCAUAAGCUGUUGAUUUUGGAAGACAAGGAGGCCGGUAGGACUACAUCGGAAACAAGAUGAGAGGAGAUAUUAGAUGAGUAGCAAAUGCGUUGGGUGCAGAGUGUUUUAUGUUAAUGUUUAAAAGGUAAACGUUCGGCUAUAUACCUAACAUCAGAAAGAGACUGGAACAAGAUUGGGAGAUGGGCCAUUAUGAAACGCAGUUUGUCACAGGACAUGGAAAAUUUCAAGGCAAAUUUGUGGCGAUUUCACCUGGUGGAAGAGGAAGUAUGUAGAUGUGGAGAAAUAAAAGCCACGAGUCACGUAUUUAUAGAUUGUUCACUUCGGGAGACAAAUAGGAGAGAACAGGAAUAAGUCUUGGAUAAGAGAUGUCUAGAGAUGAGAAAAUAAAACAUGAUGAGUGACAAGGAAACAAUUGAGACGUUUACAAAAGUAGUUAGGGAAAUAGGAAAAACCAGGGAUACAUACAGGCUUUUAAAUUUAAAAAGAGAAAUAAACAAAAACUGAGACAGAAAAGGAAUGAAAACUUGCCCAUGAAGGGGACAGGAAAGGUUAGAGCGAAUAUCAAUGAUCCCUAUCGCUCAGGGCGGUAUGGGGAAGGGAGUCGUGCUGUUAGGCUUUUGGAAACAUAAUGUGUCUGGAUUAGGAUUGAAAGUGGCUGAAGCCUAAAAAGAAAGAAGAUUUUCACGGGGAAUUGGCCUGGCAAAUAAGUCCCAGACUUAAGCCAGGGGUGGUGGUGGGAACGAGAAGUUUGCUACAAACAUUUACUGACUUGGUUGAAAUGAAAUAUUUACUAUUUGAAUUUGGGUUGGUGUAAAUAUUACAAUGGAAAAAAGCAAGAGAGCCUAGAUAAUUUUAUAUACUUAAAAUAAAACUGAAUUAACACUGUGCUGCAUUUCUUAGUAAUCAUUGAAAGAGCCGAUUUGCAAACUAUGGAAACAUAGGAACGUCAUAGAACACCACCAAGGAGAAGAAAUAGAAAUGUUUUUUUUAAGAAUGUAUAAUUGUUAUUAUGGACAACCUUAUGCGGCUAUGAAGAAAACACUAGGCUAUUUACAAGAAAUGUUGAUUAUAUCGAUCUGUUAUGUACAUCUUGAGUAUUUCCAUGAUCUU